CAAAGCCUCAACCAAAUGGCUUCCCCUAAAUCCCUCGCUUGCAGUCUCAUUGCCUUGUGCUUUGCUGCAAACUUGGUUUCAGCUCAGCUUAGCGCAAAUUUCUAUGACAAGUCAUGCCCUAAUGCACUGUCCACCAUCCGUACAGCGGUGAGAUCUGCCAUAACAAAGGAGAACCGCAUGGGUGCAUCAUUGCUCCGUCUCCACUUUCAUGACUGCUUUGUCAAAGGUUGUGAUGGCUCGGUGCUGCUAGAUGACACUCCAACCUUCACCGGAGAGAAGACCGCUGCCCCGAACAACAACUCCCUGCGUGGAUUUGAUGUUAUAGACAACAUCAAGGCACAGAUUGAGGGGAUCUGCCCACAGGUGGUGUCAUGUGCUGACAUCCUAGCUGUGGCAGCACGUGACUCUGUUGUUGCGCUAGGUGGUCCUACUUGGGUUGUCCAACUGGGACGGCGGGACUCAACAACAGCAAGCCUGGAUGCUGCAAACAAUGACAUUCCCGCGCCGACCCUUGACCUUGGUGAUCUCAACAAGUCUUUCUCAAACAAAGGACUAAGUGCAACUGACAUGAUUGCACUCUCAGGUGCUCACACCAUAGGCCAGGCGAGGUGUGUCAACUUUCGCAACCGCAUAUACAGUGAAACCAACAUCGACAGUUCCCUUGCAACAUCUCUGAAAUCAAAUUGUCCAAACACAACCGGUGACAACAACAUAUCCCCCCUUGAUGCAUCGACACCCUAUGUUUUUGACAAUUUUUACUACAAGAACCUGCUGAAAAAAAAGGGUGUCCUGCAUUCUGACCAGCAACUAUUUAAUGGAGGUUCAGCAGACUCCCAAACUACCACAUACUCAUCAAACAUGGCAACAUUCUUCACUGAUUUCAGUGCAGCAAUGGUGAAGAUGAGCAACAUCACCCCCCUUACUGGGUCCAGUGGACAGAUCAGAAAAAACUGCAGGAAGGUAAACUAAGUCUUAAGUUGUUACUGUCGAAGCCUGAGUGUGUCUGUGUGGAAGAGUGUAAUCUUAAGAGAAGGGAGAAGUGUCCCUUUUCUGAUGCUGUAGUUGUCUUGAAACUUGUCUGUGUUGCUAUUACAGAACACAUAUGUGAAAGGAAUAAAGUGACAUCAAUAAGGCAAUUGGUGUAACAGUUGUAUGG